CGGCCCGGAGUCGGUUGGUGCAGCUGCGUCCCCGCCGCCCAGCAGUUCGCGGCUCCGGCGUCGCCGCCGCUGCCGCCUCCGCGGGGCCUGCUCCGGCCGGGCGGCCGCCCGCCCGCUGGGAGGGAGGCCCGGAGAGCGGCCCAGCCGCGGGCGCUGCCGCCGCUGCAGCUGCCAGGACUGGAUUACAACUGCAGAAGCAACAACAAGUGAAUAUUUAAAAGAUGCACAUGGGGCUGCACAAAGAGAAGAGAGAAACUGGAGAAACCAAGGAAGUGAGGAAAAGGUUUAAUAGGGAAAACCUGCUUUCUGCAAACAACUGAAAAAGCCGCCCUUGGAAGCUGUCUCUUCGGGUCUCAUGGAGCAGCUGGAACCUGUGCUGUGAGGCCCUCGACAGGACGAGCGGUCGCCCACCGACCACCCCACACUGUCGCCAUGGCCAGCAAGAGGAAGUCCACCACCCCGUGCAUGAUCCCCGUGAAGACCGUGGCGCUGCAGGACGCUGCCGCUGAGGCCCCGCCCGCGGAGCCCGUGCCCGAGGGGCCCCCGCAGGAGCCGCCCCCGGAAGCGCCCGCUGCCAGCAGCGAGGCUGCCCAGGGCAGCAGUGGUCCCGACGGCACCGCGCUGGCCAACGGGCACCGGAGCACCUUGGACGGCUACGCAUACGCCUGUAGAUACUGUGACUUCAGAUCCCAGGACAUAACCCAGUUUGUGGGACACCUGAGCUCGGAGCACACAGACUUUAACAGAGACCCUACCUUUGUAUGCACUGAAUGCAGUUUUCUGGCAAAAACCCCCGAGGGGCUUUCUCUGCACAAUGCCAAGUGUCACUCGGGAGAAGCCAGCUUUUUGUGGACCGUGGCCAAGCCGGACAAUCAUGUCGUCGUGGAGCAGAGCGUCCCCGAGAGCACCGGCCCUCCCGACCCUUCCGGGGAGCCGAACGUGGAAGCGACGGAUGGACAGGCGGAAAUCAUCAUCACCAAAACUCCAAUCAUGAAGAUAAUGAAAGGCAAAGUGGAAGCCAAAAAAAUUCACACGCUCAAGGAGAACGUCCCCAGUCAGCCCGCAGGGGAGGCCGCACCGAACCCUUCGGCUGGGGACACGGAGGCGAAAGAGGGGGACCACGCCUUUGUCAACGGGGCGGCCCCCACCAGCCAGGCCUCUGCCAGCUCCGCGAAACCCCCCCACUCGGCCAACGGGCCCCUGCUGGGAGCAGUGCCGGCGCUGCCCGCGGGCAUCGCGCAGUUCCUCUCCCUCCGGCAGCCGCCGCCACACGCCCAGCACCACGCCCGCCAGCCGCCGCCCACGGCCAAGGCCCUCCCCAAGGUGAUGAUCCCGCUGAGCAGCAUCCCCGCGUACGACGCGGCCAUGGACUCCGACAGCUUCCUGAAGACCUCCUUCCACAAGUUCCCCUACCCAACCAAGGCCGAGCUCUGCUACCUGACGGUGGUCACCAAGUACCCAGAAGAACAGCUCAAGAUCUGGUUCACCGCCCAGAGGCUGAAGCAGGGCAUCAGCUGGUCCCCGGAGGAGAUCGAGGACGCCCGGAAAAAGAUGUUCAACACGGUCAUUCAGUCCGUCCCGCAGCCCACGAUCACUGUCCUCAACACCCCCCUGGUCGCCAGUGGCGGCAACGUCCAGCAUCUCAUCCAGGCCACUCUGCCCGGCCAUGUGGUGGGCCAGCCGGAGGGCACGGCCGGGGGACUUCUGGUCACUCAGCCGCUGAUGGCCAACGGGUUGCAGGCACCCAGCUCUUCUCUCCCCCUGCCGGUCACAUCUGUCCCCAAGCCGCCCUCUGUUGCGCCCAUUAACACCGUGUGUUCAAAUACAGCGUCGGCCGUGAAGGUGGUGAACGCCGCCCAGUCCCUCCUCACGGCGUGCCCCAGCAUCACCUCCCAAGCCUUCCUGGAUGCCAGCAUCUACAAAAACAAGAAAUCUCACGAACAGCUGUCAGCUCUGAAAGGGAGCUUUUGUCGGAACCAGUUCCCAGGACAGAGCGAAGUUGAGCACCUGACCAAAGUGACCGGCCUCAGCACCCGCGAGGUGCGGAAGUGGUUCAGCGACCGCAGGUACCACUGCCGGAACCUGAAGGGCUCCAGGGCUGGGCUGCCCGGAGAGCAUGGCGCCCUCUUCGUCGACUCCGUGCCCGAGGUGCCCUUCUCCCCAUCGUCCAAGGCCCCGGAGGUGACCUGCCUCCCGACGGCGGCCACCCUGGCCACCCCCACUUCUGCCAAGCGACAGUCCUGGCACCAGACCCCCGACUUCACACCAACCAAAUACAAGGAGCGGGCCCCUGAGCAGCUCAGAGCCCUGGAGAGCAGUUUUGCACAAAACCCGCUUCCUCUUGAUGAGGAACUGGACCGUCUGAGGACCGAAACCAAAAUGACCCGCAGGGAGAUUGAUGGCUGGUUUUCAGAGAGACGGAAAAAAGUGAGCGCCGAGGAGGCCAAGAAGGCCGAGGAGGGUGCUUCUCAGGGGGACGAGGAGGCCGCCGAGGACGAGGGGGAGGAGGGUUCGGCCGGGGACCUGAGGGUUCUGGGGGAAGACGGCUCCCCGGAAGUACCCGGCAGCCUCGCGCUGGCGGAACGCAAAGUCAGUCCCAUCAAAAUCAACCUCAAGAACCUGCGGGUCACGGAGGCCAAUGGCAAGGGUGAGCUCCUGGGGCUGGGCAUCUGCGAGCCUGAGGACGACGCCCCCAGCAAGCUGGCAGAGCAGCCGCCGGGCAAGGUGAGCUACAAGAAGACAGCCCAGCAGCGGCACCUGCUGCGGCAGCUCUUCGUGCAGACGCAGUGGCCCAACAACCAGGACUACGACUCCAUCAUGGCCCAGACGGGCCUGCCGCGGCCUGAGGUGGUGCGCUGGUUCGGGGACAGCAGGUACGCCCUGAAGAACGGCCAGCUCAAGUGGUACGAAGACUACAAGCGGGGCAACUUCCCCCCCGGGCUGCUGGUCAUCGCCCCCGGCAACCGGGAGCUGCUGCAAGACUAUUACGUGACCCACAAGAUGCUGUACGAGCAGGACCUGCAGAGCCUCUGCGACAAGACCCAGAUGAGCGCCCAGCAGGUCAAGCAGUGGUUUGCCGAGAAGAUGGGGGAGGAGACCCGAGCUGUGGCCGACAUGGGUGGUGAGGGCCAGGGCCCCGGCGACCCCGCGGCAGUUCACAAAGGGAUGGGCGACACCUAUUCGGAGGUGUCUGAGAACAGUGAGUCAUGGGAGCCUGGUGCCCCUGAGGCCAGCUCAGAGCCCUUUGACACGCCGAGUCCCCAGGCCGGACCUCAGCUGGAAACUGACUGAAUGGGAACCGAUGGCUGUGAAGGACCGGCCAGCCUGGGAGGCCGCCCUCCGCGCGGAAGGGCCCGACCCCUCUCUGCUGCCACAGGCCGCUGCCGCACCCGGCCGCCAGGCUCCAGGCUCGCA